UUUCAGCUGUGUUGUUUGCGGCGCGUCGAGAUGUUAAACGAAUACGCAUGCCAAACAAUUUCAUUUGGAUUUAGCUAGCGAGCCAGUUACUUGUUUUAAUAUUUACAUCAUAUUUUGUAAAUCAUAACAAGACAUCUGUUAACCUGUCUGCAUUUAACACUUGGUGCCUCAUUCAUUAUGUCCUCGGAUGACCUUCUUGCACAGAGAGAGAGAAUCGAACGCCAGAUUUUGGCGCUGGAGGAAAACCUUGGACUCGAAAGCAAUUCCGGCAUUGAACUUCUAUCUUCAGACAGUUGUGCAUCUGAUGAUGGAUCAGACGACAAUGCUUCUCAACCAGAAGAUUUGGGUUCUCUGGGGAACCUGGAGGCAGAGCGGGAGCGAAUACAGAGGGAGAUUGAAGAGUUGGAGUCCACUCUUGGUCCAGAUGUGGAUGGCCAAGGAAGUUCAACAGAAUUGAGCGAAGAGGACAGUGCUGAGGAGCUGGACCUACCCCAGAACACAGAUACAUGUCUGCAAAUUAACCUGGUUUAUCAGGAAGUGUUGAAAGAGAAAUUGGAGUACCUGGAACAACUGUUAACAGACAAUCAACAGCAACAAAAAGAGAUUAUGUCUCAGCUAUCUGACACAGGAACUCCCCAGGCUACCACAUCUGGAGAACCCACACUGAAGCUUUUCUUGGGGAGCUUUCUGAAGCCCUAUUUCAGAGAUAAAGUCACAUUUCUGGGCCCACCCGCUAAUCCAGAAACCAGGGAGAAGAUGAGUAAAAGAAUCAGACCUACUGACGACGUCAAGAUGAAAAAAUGGGAGGGGUGGCAGAAGACUCUGCUGAUAAAUGCUGUGGUCAAAGACAGCAUGAAACGCAUGAUACAGCCCAAGCUGUCCAAGGUUGAAUACCUUACACAGAAAAUGGCCAAAGCUGAAGACGUGGAAAAGCUAAUCCUGCGGAAACAAAUCACUGAAAUUGAAAAGGACAUUGAGGCCAUCAGUGCACUGAAGGAGGAUGAGCUGAUGGGUGGCCGCUAUGAUGACCAUGACUGGCAAAAGAUUUCCAAUAUUGAUUUUGAAGGCAUCCGUGAAGCUGAGGACAUAAAAAGCUUCUGGCAGAACUACCUGCAUCCCUCCAUUAACAAAGCCAGUUGGAAGGAAGAUGAAAUUGAGAUGCUCAAGAAAGUUGCUGUGAAAUAUGGGCACCACAACUGGGAUCAGAUUGCUGAUAAACUUGGGACCAACAGGACAGCCUUCAUGUGUCUCCAGACAUACCAACGCUACAUCUGCACCGACUUCAAGAGGAGGAUGUGGUGUGGAGUGGAGGACGACAUCCUUAGAGAGCUGGUGGAGAAGAUGCGGAUAGGGAACUACAUCCCUUACACCCAGAUCUCCUAUUUCAUGGAGGGCCGGGAUUCAUGCCAGCUGAUGUAUCGGUGGACUCAGGUUCUGGACCCCACCCUCAGGAAAGGCCAUUGGUCUAAAGAAGAAGAUGAGAUGCUACUGAGAGCAGUGGCUAAACACGGGGCGGGGAACUGGUGGAAGAUGCGUCAGGAUGUGCCUGGCAGAAAUGAUAGCCAGUGUAGGGACAGGUAUGUGGACGUCCUGAUUGGGAACGUGAAGAAGGGGCCAUUUGACGAGGAGGAACGGGCGCAACUCCGACAAUUGGUGGAGAAAUAUGGAUGUAAAUGGGCAAAGAUAGCUGCUGAAAUGCCUAACAGAAUUGACAGCCAGGUCCUUCAACAGUGGAGGAGAAUGACAGGGUACAAGCCCAGACCUCGGAGAGACAGAAGUAGAAGAGAAUUGCAGAGGAGAAAGGCAGUGGCUGUGAGGAGCAUCAAGAGUAGGCUGAAGAGGCUAGACAAUGAUGUGCACUCAAGCGCCGAUGAAGAGGAGAGCGUCAAGAUGGAAUUUAUGGACAGUGACGACGAGAAGAAACAGAAAUUCUUUGAACUGUACGGAUCUGAUCAGGAAAGUGACAUUUUUGAAGACUACACCCAACCAGACAUGGAGCAAUGGAUCCCCAUGCGAGAGAAGCAGUUUGAAGGGAUGGUGAGGAGUGUGAUGGUUGAACGGCCCAGCAAGUACACAACUCAAGAGCAGGCAGCGACGGACAGCCAGGCCGCAGCACGCAAGUUCAUGGUGGUCCGCUCCACCGUCCUGGACCGCUUUGGCGAGCCUGCUGCCACUGUCAUUGGACAAAACCCUCCAAUCCUGGCAAAGAAGGAUUGCAACAGUGACCUGGCCAUGCUCCAGGUAUGCUAUGGAGAGGUGAGGAACCUGAUCACUUGGAAGAAAACAAAUGCCACAAAACAUAAAAACAGUGAGUCUACAAGCAGUGACCAGGGGACGCCUCACAAUUGCUCAAGGCAAAAGUACUCCUCUGCCAACAGUGAAACCUACACCACUCUCAACUAUUCCCUUCAGUUGGCAGUCACUCCCUGGGUGGGCAAUGUGCUUAUGCCCCCACCAAUCUCUUCAAACAAGCUCAGAGAAGCUGACAUGGUGCGAGAGAAAUCUGAGAGCAUUGGACUCACCAAGACCCCAGUGUUCUUGUUCUUUCUGCAGGUCCUCCGUGUGGAUGCUGAGGGCUGUAAGCAGAUAAUUCAAAUGCGUAACAAACAAGCGGUACUCACGGGACACAGAUCUUGGGAAGCGAAACAGGCUUUAUUGAAAAAAACAAUGCAACGGCAUGGUCCCAGAAUGGUAGCCAGUAUGCUGAAACGGAAGGGAAACGAGCAGCAGAACAGCCAGCAACAGAACAGUCAACUUGUGAUGAUGAUCCCUCAGACCUUUGUCAUUGGACAGCCUGUAGUACAGUCCACCCCACAUCCUAUGGUCCCAUUCACUCCAACUUCCAGACAACAACUCAUGCCUUCUACACUUACCCAACCCGGACCCUCUACCCCCAGCCGACCCAUACCUUCCACCCCUGGUCAACCUUUACCCUCAACCCCCAGCCAACCUAUACUCCCUGCUCCUGUGCAAUCCUCAAUCAUAAUAGACAGGGUGAAUGUUCAGGUAAAUGAGAAUCUUUCAGCAAAGAAACGCAAUCUCAAACCUACUGUGAAAUCACAGGCCCCCAAAGAGGUCAAGGAUGCUGCAAUUGCAAAAAAGUCAGUGGAACAGUCGCCUAAACGCAAGAAAGCCCGUACGCAAAGUCCUCCCAAAGGAAACCUGGUUGGCCAACUUUCUAACAUAAUUCUGUCCCCUCCACAAACUGCCUGGGUCCUGACGCGCGAUGGACUUGUGCCAAUCAGUGGCAUUGGCAUUCAGAUGACACCUCAGAAUCUACCAGCAAAUGCUUUUGCACCUGCUUGUCCACCUGUUAUUAUCAACCAGCAAGUCCCUCUAACACUAAAUGCUGCUGCAGCACAGGCCUCCUCCAAUGUGACCAAUGUCUGCCCAUCUUCCUCUGCAUCAUCCAUAGCACAGGGAACUGCCUCCCCAUCUGUUUUCUCCUCUCCCUCCGCCUCCACUACCUUCAUAAGCAACACUGCUCCAAGGAUGACCAACCCAGUCCUGCCGACUGUGGCAACCACUUGUCCCCAGCUCAAUGCAGUGUCACCUGUUCUCUCUGUUCCCAAGAACACGGUCAUCUCGGCUCCCAUUAGACCACAGACUGGCCCGCCACAGGCUUUCGUCCUCAACGUCCCUCCAGGCUCUCUUCCAGCCUCAUUCCCUCAGGGAGCCUUCCGAAUCAUGCAGUUUUAUCCCCCUAAACGUGUCCCUCCACCCCGCAAUCCAGAAGUAAUACAGUUUGAUCCCAACCUGAUAUUCAUGGAGGACCCAGCCAAAGUGAGCGAGUGGUUGAAUGGCAAGAAUGGAAUUGCGCUUCCGGAGUUGGAUGUCACACUACCCUACCUUCCCCCCUUUGUCAGCAGCCUGGAUACCCUGUCGAGUCUCCUGAAAUGUAAAACGACAUUGGCAAUUAGUGCCAUGAUGGUCCUGCACCCAGAGGAGAAAGAGAACCAGGAAGAGGAGCAGCAGGUAGCGGCAGUGCGGAGCCUCGUGGCAGAGCGUUUCAUCCAUAACCCGGGCUACCUCCUCCUGAAGGCUCGCUUCUUGUCUUGUUUCACCAUGCCUGCUCUUCUGGCUACUAUCAAUCCAGUCAAAUUCCCCAUGUCUCCCACCCCGGAACACAGUGAUGUGGAGGAGGAACCUUUCAGGAACCCCCCAGGGAUGCAGAUCUAUACUUUGAAUGAACAGCAAACAACACUCCAGGCCCCUCUGCUAAGCACUGAUGGAACAGGAUCUCCUGCCACCUUCUUCUCCGGAAUCACCACAAGAAAUAAAAGCUGGGACCUAGACAUGGAGUAAUUGGAAUAGUUUUGGAAUGUGUCAUCUUACGGGUUAAACCAGGUUUUUGUUUUUAAAUGUUCUUGCCAAUUUUGUUGUGAUGUCUGUCAUAAAAAGGGAUCUAUGACAUCACUCAUUACAGUAUAGUUGCUGUUGAAAUUGUACUUAAUGAAUGGUUCAUAUUUGUACUUGUUUUUGUUUGUAAUUGAACUAUUUACACAAUGUAUAAGAAUAAUUAUGUUGACCUGUACAUAUUUUGUAAUAAAUCAUUCUGUUAAUAAAUGCGUAUACAUUGGAUCUGCAGAGCACAUUGGUCAGAUUGACUCUCAACAACCAGUUUUUUUUGCAGACCACAUAGUGGUCACCGAGGGUGACAUUUUCAUGGUGCAUAAUAGUUCAAAUCUGUGCAGAAAAUACUAGCUAUAAAACUCAUUAUAUUCUAUCACUGUUUUAUUUUUGGCCAGAAAUGUCCUCAAAGUGGUGAACUUUACCUGUGAAUAAAUGUUUAUUAGCCAGGAAACAAAAGUUUAUUAGACUUUAUUAGAGAUUAUGCAGUUUCAUGAGUGAUGCAAAAUUCUGGUAACUUUCCCAAAAUCAUCAGGUUUUCCAGAAGUCCUGGUUGAAAGAUUUUCAGAAUCAAGACAGAAUAAACAGAAUUUUGUGAAUUCUCAAACCACAAUUUCUGGAAAAGUUGGGACUUUUGGGAAAGUUACUGGAAUUUUGCAACCCUGGUUAAAUGGAUUAAUAUUACAUUGUGUGUGUGUGUGUAUAUAAACCAGUCAAUACUCAAGAAACAAAUAUUUAUAAACAAUAUUCUCCCUGAUGGGUGAGUAUCCUGUUUUCUAUCAUUUUUACAAUGAAAAUAUAUUGUACCUUAACUUUAAACUACAGUAAUCAAGUCUGUGUAAUACUGUUUCAUCAGCAGAACUGUUUUUUUUUUAUAAAUGAGGGAAGGAAGUGAUUGAGUCAUUGCCUCACAGUCCUUAAACAAGAGGUGUGUACUACUGCCAAUACUCUUAUCACUCUAGUCACUCCAUUAUUUGGUGUU